GCGAAUCUGCGGCUCUGUUUUUUCAGAUAAGUUUAAAAGCAAAAUGGCAGCCUCUGGCGGUAAACAGUAUGGACUUAUUUUACCCCAAAAGAGCAGUGCAAAAUCUGCCACUCUCCCACGACCUUCCAUAUUUGGAGAUGACUCGGAUGAUGAGAUGUCAGUUGGUAAAAGUUUGCAAAAGGAGGCAAUCAAGAAAAAGAUGAUGAAGCAGACCCGCCUGGAAAUGCAGAAGGCAUUGGAAGAGGACAGCAGUGUUUAUGAGUAUGACAGUGUGUAUGAUGACAUCCAAAAACAAAGACUUGAGACUAAUAAAAAACUGCUGGGAGGUAAAGAUAGGAAGCCCAAGUACAUAAACCAGCUGCUGCGAGCUGUAGAAGAGAGAAAGAAAGAACAAGAGCGUAGAGAUGACCGAAAGAUCCAGAAAGAAAGAGAGGCUGAGGGCGAGAAGUUUGCUGAUAAAGAAGCAUAUGUAACCUCAGCCUACCGACAGAAGCUUAAGGAGAGAGAGGAGGAAUUGGAGAAAGAAAGAAGAGCAGAAGCAAUAGAGGCUGCUCUGGAUGUGAAGAAGCAGAAGGACCUAAGUGGAUUUUACAGACAUUUUUUGAAUCAGACUGUGGGAGAGGAAGCUGUUCCUGAUCAUAGUGCUGACAGGCAAGAGAAAUCUGAGGAAAAAACUCCUGUUGAGAAUUCCCCACCACAAGUUAAUAACAGUGACGCAGAAUUCCACAGUGAUGAGGAUCAAAAGACUUUAAAAACAGAGUUCAGCAAGAGCAGUAAUAACAGUAGCCAUUCUAAACGACAAUACCGCCAGCGUUCUCCUUCCUCAGGCAGCGGAGAUGAGCGGGAAAAGAACAGGAAACAGGAGAAAGAAAAGAGGAGCCACAAAGAAGGAGACAGGAGGAGAGACAGAGAAGAUAAGCACAGCCAACACAAAGAAAACAGAGACCACACAAGAGAAAGGGACCGACAACAGGACAGAGAGGGAGAUCAAGAGAGACGGCGAGAAGGAAAGGAUAAAGAAAGAGAUCGAGAUAAGGACAGACAUGAGAGAAGAAACCGAGACAGCAGCCCAAGAGACAGAGAGCAGGAUAGACAUAAGGAAAGAGUUCCCCACAAAUCAGAUGAAAAAGAAAAAAGAAGGGAAUCAGACAUGGAGGAUAAGACCCAGGAUGAUAAAGAAAAAGCAAAGGAAAUGGGGACACAGGAGGCUGAGAUUAAUGCAGUUAGCAAAUUUGCAAAACGUAGUAAUGAACAGACUGCGAGUUCAGCCAGAGAUCGGUACCUGGCUCGACAAAUGGCUCGCUCUGCUGCUAAGUCUUAUAUUGAAAAAGAGGAUGAAUAACAGCUCUAUGCUAUUAGACAGUAACAAGUUAAAAAUGCUGAACAUUCACACACAAAAUGUAAAAAGUCAUUUAAGACCUGUUUAGUUGGGAUACUAUGACUGAUGAAAGUUUAAAGUAAAGCCUCCCCCCUUCCCUAAGUUUUCUGCAUAUGAGAGUAACACGGAUAUUGAAAUCUACUUAUUAUUUACUGAUUGAGCUUAGUCAGGGUCUCAAUGAGUUUGGUGCGACCAGAAAUUGUCUGGAAGGAAACUUCUAAUGGUGUACAGCAGCUUGGUGUAAGCAAUGUUGACAAAUGUAACUUCUGGUAAAACAAUAAAAUGCAAAAUAUUAAA